AUGGCCGUCCCCGAUCCAUACCCGGCAUACCCGUGCACCGAACAAGUACCGCUGUACAACGCUGCGGCUGAGCAAAAGCCGCAACAUUGGCUCAAGGAGAAAAUGAAGGCCCCAACCAAUACUGUACUCGCUGGUUUUCUCAGUAGUUACGUCCGGUCGUAUGAUCAGCGCUCCCGUAUACCAUUCUGGUCGUUUGAGUGGUUAACGGAGGACAUGUUCGGCAAGGAGAACCGUAGCUCUAACUACCCCGUGGAUGAGGAACAGCACCCGUUCUUUCCAUGUGCAGAGAAGUCCACGUGCUACGAAACGUUCAUCAUGUCCAAUAUGGCUCCGCAGAUCGGGGCCGGAUUCAACCGCGGCAUCUGGAAAACCUUGGAAAACCACGUCCGGAGGUUGACUGGGACUUAUGCGAACGUGUACGUAUACACGGGCUCAUUGCUGGUGCCGGAGGUGCUCGAAAAUGGUGAGAGCCAAUUAAUCGUUCGAAUGAUUGGCAACAACAAGGUGGUCGUUCCGACGCACUUCUUCAAGUUUGGCCUUUUAGAGUGUGACGACGCAACAUACGAGCUUGAGUGCUUUUGCCUCCUGAACAUCGCCAUUGACUCGAAGAAAAGCAAGCUGGGGGACUUCCUAAUGGAUCCGGAACAAGUUCAACGCUACGCCGGCCAGCUGUUCUUCGGAAAGUUUCCUGCGGAUCAGAUCAACGCGUGUCAACGAUCAACGAUGUUUCUAGUUUUAAUCUAA